AUGGAGGCGUUGCAGUUGAUGCAAAUUGCCGUAAAAAUGGUGUCCAAUAUUUCAAAACAGGAAAAGCUAGAGAAACUCAGAAAUGUAAUGAGCCAACAUGAUGUUGAUGCAUAUAUUGUUAGUUCGAGUGACCCUCAUAUGUCGGAGUAUACCCCAGAUAAAUAUAAACGAAGAGAAUUUAUGACAGAUUUUUUUGGGUCUCAGGGAAUUUGUGUUGUUACCAAAUCUAGUGCGCAUUUAAUUGUUGAUGGCAGAUAUAUUGUUGAAGCUAAGAAGACCGCAACUCCCGAGUAUCAAGUUCAUCUAUUUAAAAGAGGAUUUUAUCUUGAUAUUGUAGAUAUAUUGAAAGAGGAGAAUUUUUGUGGUGAGUUAGGAAUUGAUAUUGAGGUGACUUCUUGGAUGUCAUUUAAGGCCUUAGCUAAUUAUAUCGAAUCCUCUGGUUUAAAUAAAGAUAGAAAUUUUACAAUAAAGUUUUUAAAUUUAAAUUUAGUCGACAUAAUACGGCCACAAGAAGAAAUCAAACCAAAUAAAAGUGAAAUUUUUAUUCAUGAAGUCAAAUAUGCUGGAGAAACAUCUAAAUCAAAGGUUAAAAAAGUUUUAUUCGAAAUGAAGAGGCAGAAUGCAAAGUUAUUAUUUCUCAGCAGUCUUACACAGAUUUCUUGGCUACUCAAUUUAAGAGGUUCAGAUGUGCAUUGCACACCUGUGUUCCUUGGAUAUGUGAUACUUGAGAUACUUGAUGGGACGGAUCCUAUAGACGGGGGGGAAAUAUUGUUUAAUCUUAAGGUUUUUGCCGAUAUUAACUGUAUAAAGAAUUGCGAAGAAAUAUUAAAGAAUGAAUUCCAAAACCAUAUUUCAAUAAUUCAAAUUGAAAAUGUAAUGGAUGAACUUUAUCGUUUAUUUAGUGAAUUAAAUUCAGACCCAAAUAGCAAAUUAAGCAAAAUAUGGUUGCCCGAGAAUUAUUGCAAUUUAGCAAUAAUGGACACGUUAUUCAAAGUACUGAAUCCUCAGGAAAAUCAUAACAGCUCUAGUUAUUAUAAAUGUUUAAUUAACUACUUUAAUUCUUCAAAAAUACUAAUAACGUCAGAAUCCCCUAUAAUUAUGUUACGUGCAGUAAAGAACGAAAUUGAAUUGAGAGGGAUGCGUGAUUGCCAUAUUUAUGAUGGUUUGGCAUUGACUAAAUUUUUGUAUUAUCUUUAUAAGGCCGGUAGAGAUGGUACACUAUUUAGUGGAAAAGUAACGGAGUGGGAUCUUUCCCAAAAAUUACUCGAAUUUAGAAAACAACAACCAAAAUUUGUUUACCCGAGCUUUGAUACAAUUUCUUCUAUAGGGGAAAAUGGUGCAAUUAUUCAUUAUCGCCCUGAAGAAAAUAACUCUUCAAUAAUUAAACCCGAUCUUUACCUUUGUGAUUCAGGUGGCCAGUACUAUACUGGUACUACAGAUGUAACAAGAACUUUAUUUCUGUUUGGGAAUGGAGAAGAAAAGCCAACAAUUGAGCAAGUCGAAACAUUCACUCGAGUAUUAAUAGGGUUUAUCCGCCUACAUAAAUCAAUAUUUCCAGUAGGAACAAAUGCUAUCGCAAUUGACGUUCUUGCAAGAGCAAGUUUGUGGGAGGCUGGACUAGAUUAUUUACAUGGAACGGGGCAUGGUGUUGGUUCAUUUUUAUCUGUUCACGAAGAGCCCUGGUCUAUCUGUUACAAAGUUGGAAGGGACGGUAUUUGCAAUCAAAAUUUAGCUGUAGGUGCUGUUGUUUCAAUUGAACCUGGUUAUUAUGAAGAAGGGAAAUAUGGAAUAAGAAUAGAAAACUUGGCUGAAAUAGUUGAGGCUGAAAUCGAGAAUGGGUACAAAAAAAUGAAUAAAUUUCUUAAGUUCUCACCUCUUACAUUCGCACCAAUCCAAAAAGAGAUGAUUGAUGUUUCAAUGCUUUCAGAUGAUGAGUUAGAUUGGCUAAAUUGGUAUCAUUCAAGAACUCUUGAAAGUUUAGAGCCACUUGUAGAUGAUGAUCCCGAGUUUUUAAGAUGGCUGGUUCAGGAAUGCUCGCCAAUAAAUAGAGAAAUUUCCAAAAACCCUUUUCCAAAAACAUUAUACCAGUAA